UCUACGUAAAGGUGAUAUUCAGACAAACACAAAUAACAGUUCAAAAAUAAGCAAUGAUCAAUAAACUAUCAAAAUUGAUUUUUUAAUGGAAGGUCGUAAACUGCGUCCUGACGUCACACGUUGCAGACAUGCGUGCACGGGUCGUGUUGUGAUAGCCACAAAUCUCUCUCCGAAAAAAAAUCGGACUGCGAAUUUCGUUCUAUUCACCCAUAAAUGACCUGUUGCCGGCGGGCAAGGGACGCUUAUGGUAAAUUUGAUGGUGGUCAGGAGGAGACGAGGGAGUUUUCUGGGUCGCUAUGAAGACGCUGUCAUCCUAAAGGGAGAUGGGAAACAAGCAGGCAGCCUUCACUGAAUCGCAGUUGGAGCAAUACCAGGACUGUACAUUUUUUACCAGAAAAGAGAUCCUCAGGAUAUUCAGGCGGUAUCGGGAUCUGGACUCUGACCACAUUCCUAAGAGCUACACUCGGGGUGAGGCAUCCCGAAUCAAGGUGCCCUUUGAGUACAUAGAGAAAAUGCCAGAGUUAAAGGAAAAUCCGUUUAGGAGACGGAUCUGUGAGGUUUUCUCUGAGGACGGGUCAGGAAACAUGACGUUUGAUGACUUCUUGGACAUGUUCUCUGUGUUCAGUGAACAAGCACCACAGGACAUCAAGGCUGUCUAUGCAUUCAAAAUAUAUGAUGCUGAUGGGGACCAAUUCCUGAGCAAGUCCGACCUGGGGAAGGUGCUGAGCUGUUUAACAAGGGACGAGCUCACGCAGGAAGAGAUGAACACAGUUGUGGAGAAGAUUCUAGAGGAGGCAGACCUUGAUGACGACAGCCAGCUGUCGUAUAUGGAGUUUGAACAUGUGAUAUCACGAGCACCUGACUUCCUCAACACUUUCCACAUCCGCAUAUGAAUUUCUCUGGAAUUGGACACAAGAAGUUGCCUUAAUUCUCCCUGAUGCCACCUAGCAACUCUUCUCAGCAGUGCAGUACGGGGGUCCUCAUCAGCAGCGGAGGCAGAGAUCGCGGGUACUUCACCCCAGGGUCCAGGAACUCCUGUUGGUUUAACUUACGAGGCUCUUUGGUAUGCUGCAACUCAGGAGAGUUGUGUGCACCACACACCACUGUGUGCACUACGAAGAGUGAAGUUCCAGGAAAAUUCCAACAGAUGAAGAAAAAAAGGAAGCUUAGGGUUUGUUAGCAAUCUUAGCCAUUUCUUACAAUAGAUACUCCUCUACUUUUUGCUUCUAAUGUAAAUUACAUGGGGGCUGCAGAAAAGUUGACUUCCACCAGUCCAAAUGUACUCCAAGUGAUGUACCUGUAUGUAAGAUUAUUCUAAAAAAUGGUGCCUGGAAGCAUCCAUUUGACAAAUAGUACGUACAGGAGUAUCCUAGGCAAGAUAAUCAUUGCACAAUCUUGUAUUCAACAGAGAGCUUCUGGACAUGUCAUUAUCUGUACCUGUACUCAUGCAAAGCCCAUUUUCAGACAUGGUGAUAUACCUUCAAAAGUGUUUCAUCGUUCGUGACCACAUUGUCGUUUGGCUCGGACCAAAACCGUCACAAUUUUUCACAUGCACUAUGAAUGUACCAGAACAAUUGCUAUGCAGCUUAGAGACUAUGAUUCUUCCAUAUAAUAACAUCACAAGUUGAGUAUCCACACGUUGUACAUGUCCAGUAAUGGUAUUCAACUUUUAAACAUUACAGUGGACUUGUAUGGCUUUAAGGGAAAUCUUUCACCAUGUGUUGAGUAGUUAACAGGGCUCAUUUUUCUUUUUAUGUCUUUGUUUAAGAAAAUUGAUGGAAAAUGCAUUGUUGGUUGCACUCGUGUGAAUUGUACGUGAGGAAGUACUGUACAUUUCUGUACAUUAUUUGUGUGACAAGUACAGGUUACUCCUCAUUGCCGUGUACAGCAUUUGACUUUGAACUUCUUCAGCACUGAUCUGUGGUGAGGCCUGGACAGUUGGUCAACAUUGCCGACCACACAAAUGUGUUAAAUCACAUCUGAGAAGAAGAUGAUGUUGUAAAUACAUGUACUACUUUGUAAAGUUGAAGAAGGGGAGACAUCCAGUUGAGGGGUAUGUCUCGCCCACGAUUUAAGUCUGAUACAUAACUAUUAGUUUUCAUAUUUGACUAGUUCCAGGAGAACAAUGUAGAUUUACAAUGGAUGAGGAGAGAUAUUCAGAUGUACAGGUCCUUUUGAAAAGUAGCUCUGAAUUGAAGUAGAAUUAGUUUGACCAUCCAAGACAGAUUUUUCUCUACCGGUGAUAUGAAAAAGUAAUUUUUUCAAACACACAAGUCGCUAUACAUUUGUUUACCCUGUAAAACAUAUACUUGGUACUCCAACAAUUUUUGUAUUCAAGGCAUGAGUUCAUCCACAUGGUAACCUUUAUCUUUUUUGAGAAGAGUGUAUCUAAAGAUAUCAAGCCAAUGGACAGUGGUUUUCAAAUUGCAGUAUCUUAAAAAUAUUGCAAUUUGAAACCACUGCCUGAUGGACUUGAUAUCCCUUUACACCAUUCCUCAUUUAUAAAAACAAUGGAUAUAGGUUACCCUGGGAAUAGUGGUGAACUAACAUUACCAAAAUGGGAAAAAUGUUUGAUGUUAGAUUUUCCUGAGUUGUCAUGUUUUGGAAAAAAAUGAUCUCACCAAAUUGACAGCUUUGCCAUAUCUAAAUGAUACCUGUCUGCACUUUGCUCAUGCUUUACAAUACUCAGGUUUGCAGUAAUGACUGAAAUAAGAGCUAUAGUCUUUUUUGUGGCUGAACAAGCCAGUGGAAAUAUUGUAUAUACAUUUACUGUUGAAAGGCUGUGAAUUGUUGAUGUAUUGAAGUUUUUAGCAGGUUUGACAUCAUGUGGGUUAAGUGUUUCAAAUUUUGGUCUCAUAUGUAACUUGCAUGUUUUUCAAUGUACAAUCUACCUAUGUUCACUGUAUUUGAUUACAAGUAACCAAAGUGGCUUUCUGUGCAGAGGCAUAGCUGAAUAUAUAUCAGUAAUUGUAUAUAAUGUUGAUGGAAGUGUUUUCUGUACCAAUGUCAAUCACUUUGUACUAUGCAUGGCACCAAAUUUCCUGACACCGAGGACGAUUGCUGUUAAGUGUUUCAAAGGGACAGUGCAUCACAGAGGAACUGCCCCAUGUACAAUUGGAGAGUAAUACGCAGCAAAUGGUUCUUGCUAAACAUUUCUUUUAUGUCAACUUAGGCCAUAUUGAUUUGAUAACAUGGAUGACAUCUGUGCGAGCAUUAAUUUUUGACCAUUUCCGAAAAAAGUUUUUAACAAUGUUGUAAUCAUAAAAAGGUAGCUGCAAAAUAAGCAAAUACACAUGUCUGCUGCAGAUCAAAAAACAUUUUAAUGUCAAAGAAUGCCCACGUUGAUUCAAAGGUCUAAGAUGUGAAAGAACAAAAAUGAACAACAUUUUGUUUGGUCAUCUGUUCAACCUUCCUGACUGCUUAGAUUUCAUAACUUUUUUGGGGGCAGAAUUUGCAUGCUUGGAUCAAUUUGGGGUUCCCAGAGGAUGUCAUUUAAAUAGUCAAAUCAACAUGGCCUUACCGUAUGGUUUUGGCCAAACAUAAGACUUUGAUCUCCUAGUCUCUGACAAAAAAACAACUUUAACGUACACUUUUACCACUUGACUUAAGUGACCAAGCCAGAAACCACAAAAGCUAAGGUUCUUCAAGACAAAGAUGAUGUGCUGACUGAGAAUGAUCUACAUUCUACUGUUGUUUAAGGGUUGUACUGUAAUGCUGAAAAAAAGUUAUUUUGUACUUCAGUGGUGCAUAUGGUACAUGUCUUGCACAGAAAUGAUUUCUUGACUGGAAACACUUUCUUGACUGGAAACGCUCUCCAUCCAAAGACCAUUUCAGAAUACACUAUCAAAUAGAUCUUUACUGCAAUCUAAAGAAGGCAUAACUACUGCAUGGAGGAGAGUAGUGGGUAGGACAGAAAGGAUUGUUGAACUGACGUCUCCUUUGAAUAGAUGUACAAUAAGAUUAAAAAAUAUUUUGAUUACGAAGCCGAAACUUUAGACAGGAAAAAACAAACAUCCAAUGAUCCAAUAAUAUAGAGUGUAAAUUGAUUACAUGAAUGUCAAGCAUUCAACAUUCAUUACCCUAUUACUUCCUGGCCUGUAUCAGAACUUAGCACUUUUUAGUAGAGAAUGAGGUAGGGGGGAUUGCCAACUACUGGGGGAUUGUCACGGGCUACAAAAAUAACCCAUUUUGGUGCAAAAGGCCCUCCAGACCAAAUCUAAAUCACAAGAGGAUAAUAGAUACAGUAUUGGUAAAAUAAGAGAAGUUCUCUUUAAUCAUUGGUGUCACAAUUCUUGUUGAGGCUGGUCAUUAUCUGUAUUUUCAUGAGAUUGUGUUGACAGUGGUUGUUUUCUGAGACUUAGGUGAACUCUGCCAUGCAUCUUAUGAACUUAACUUGUUGAAACCAAGGAAAGUCAAUAAAAUGCCUUUUUUCUGUAAGCCA